UCGAGGCCCGGGCUGGAGGCUGCAAACGGCGGCUCCCUCCGGGCCUCGGCGCCUGGGAUGCGGGAGCGAGCGCGGGGCCCCGCGGCGGGACGGAGGUGCCCCCAGCCCUGCGAGAGGGGGCUUCGCGUCACUCCGGGUCCUCCCGGCCGCUCUUGCCAUAUUAGGGCUUCCUGCUUCCCAUAAAUGGCCAUGUACGUCACGCCGGAGGCGGGCCCGUACUGUUACAGACCCUUCAAAUAGAGGCGGAUUCGGGGAGUCGCGAGAGAUCCCAGCACGCAGAACUUGGGGAGCCGCCGCCAGCCGUCACCAGCCACAGCCGCAGGACCGGUCCCUGCCCAGCUCCACGCGACCGCGCCGCGUCCACGCCCGCCCGCGGCGAGGACGAGCCGGGACCCUACCGCGCUCAUCCCAGUUGCGCCCCGCAUGUGACCCGGCCGGGUCCCCCCACCCUCCCCCAGGAGUGUGUCCCCGGCAGCGGCGGCCCCCGGCUGCGCGCACCCGCCCCGACACCAGCUCUGCCGUCCGCCCGUCGGUCCGGUAUGGCUGCGGCCAAGGCCGAGAUGCAGCUCAUGUCUCCGCUGCAGAUCUCAGACCCUUUCGGCUCUUUUCCCCACUCGCCCACCAUGGACAACUACCCCAAGCUGGAAGAGAUGCUGCUGCUGAGCAACGGGGCUCCCCAGUUCCUCGGGGCCGCCGGGGCCCCGGAGGGCAGCGGCAGUAACGGCAGCGGCACCAGCGGGGGCGGCGGAGGUGGAGGGGGCGGCAGCGGCGGCAACAGCAGCGCCUUCAAUCCUCAGGGGGAACCGGGCGAGCCGCCGUACGAGCACCUGACCGCAGAGUCCUUUCCCGACAUCUCUCUGAAUGGCGACAAGGUGUUGGUGGAGACGAGUUACCCUAGCCAAACCACGCGGCUGCCCCCCAUCACCUACACCGGCCGUUUCUCUCUAGAACCUGCGCCCAACAGCGGCAACACCUUGUGGCCCGAGCCCCUCUUCAGCCUGGUCAGUGGCCUCGUGAGCAUGAGCAACCCUCCAGCCUCCUCCUCAGCACCAUCUCCAGUGGCCUCCUCCUCCUCUGCCACCUCCUCCUCUUCGUCCUCGUCCUCUUCCUCCUCGUCCUCGGCCUCCCAGAGCCCACCCCUGAGCUGCGCCGUGCCCUCCAACGAAAGCAGCCCCAUCUACUCUGCGGCACCCACCUUCCCCACUCCCAACGCGGACAUUUUCCCCGAGCCUCAGGGCCAGGCCUUUCCUGGCUCGGCAGGGACUGCGCUCCAGUACCCACCUCCUGCCUACCCCGCCACCAAGGGGGGCUUCCAGGUCCCCAUGAUCCCCGACUACCUGUUUCCACAACAGCAGGGAGACCUGGGCCUGGGCAACCCAGACCAGAAGCCCUUCCAGGGCCUGGAAAGUCGCACCCAACAGCCUUCGCUCACGCCACUGUCCACUAUCAAGGCCUUUGCCACACAGUCGGGCUCUCAGGACCUGAAGGCCCUUAAUGCCACCUACCAGUCCCAGCUCAUUAAGCCCAGCCGCAUGCGCAAGUACCCCAACCGGCCCAGCAAGACACCACCCCACGAGCGCCCAUAUGCCUGCCCUGUGGAAUCCUGCGAUCGGCGCUUCUCCCGCUCUGACGAGCUCACACGGCACAUCCGCAUCCACACGGGCCAGAAGCCCUUCCAGUGUCGCAUCUGCAUGCGCAACUUCAGCCGCAGUGACCACCUCACCACCCACAUUCGCACCCACACGGGGGAAAAGCCCUUCGCCUGCGAUAUUUGCGGGAGGAAGUUUGCCCGGAGCGAUGAGCGCAAGAGGCACACCAAGAUCCAUUUGCGGCAGAAGGACAAGAAAGCAGACAAAAGUGUUGUGGCCUCUUCGGCCACCUCUUCCCUCUCUUCCUACGCGUCCCCGGUCACUACCUCUUAUGCGUCCCCAGUUGCCACCUCGUACCCGUCCCCCGUGCCCACUUCCUACUCCUCACCGGGCUCCUCGACCUACCCGUCCCCUGUGCACAGCGGCUUCCCGUCACCGGCUGUGGCCACCACGUACUCCUCCGUCCCUCCCGUCUUCCCAGCCCAGGUCAGCAGCUUCCCGUCCUCAGCUGUCACCAACUCCUUCAGCGCCUCCACGGGGCUCUCGGACAUGACGGCAACAUUUUCUCCCAGGACAAUUGAAAUUUGCUAAAGGGAAAGAGAAGACUAGGGGAAAAGGGAAAGAAAGAAACACAAGAGACUUAAAGGGCAGGAGAAGGAGGUGGCCAUGGCAGGGGACUCCUCUCGGGUCGGAUGGUGGAGGCUCUUCUGGUGAAGACCCGCCUGCGCCCCAGAGUGGAAGGCCCUGGUCUC